CUUCCGCUUUUGCCUCAAACCAGGAAGUUGUCGUGUUACUUUCCCCUCGUCCUCCCCCCCUCCUCCUCCUGGGUCGGCGCUGCGAGAACCAGCGGGUCUCCAGAAGCGUCAAGUUGCUCCAGUCGACAGAAAACUGUCCGGAAGGCAGUUUGGCGGCGGUUCCUGCGCUCCUCUCGCCACCUGUCACUUCAACUUUUCCGGCUGUCAUCGAAAGGAACGGCGCUGCGAGGAGGCAGCGGCCGCGCGCGCGCGCGCUGUCAGGAUGAAGACAACCUGAUGAUCAACCGCAACUUCACAUGAAGAAGAUGAAUCCUGACUUUUGCCUUCAGCCCUCACCGAGUAGUUCCUGCAUUCUUCCCCUGCCCUCCCAGUGAGCCGGCCCGUAUCUGUUGUCAUGCAUUUGGGAUGAUACAGGACACAGGCGGCCCCUCCCGUAUCCCUUUCCUUUUGUGUGUAACCAGGACGCCUCUCUUCAUUCUGUCCUCGUGAUUACCCCUCCUUCCCUUCCUCUGACUUUGUGCCAUGAUCAGAAAAAAAGGCUCCCUCAUUCUUUUCGGCGCGCUCCUGUUUGUCACCUGGAACGCCAUCCUGGUGCUCCUGCUGUGGAGCAGACCCCCGUCGUCGAGCCAGCAGAGCGAUGGGACGAGGGAAAAGGCAGAGGAGCCCACCGACGGUCUGAUGAAAGAUCUGUUUGGGAUUUUGGACACCUUUGCAAAUGAGCUGGAUAAGCAGAGGAAGAUCCUGCUGCAGAUCCAGACUUAUCAGUCGGUGUGGGUGCCGGCCAAUAACGACAGAGCAAAGGUGGACGUCCCACGUCAGCCUGUCAUUCCUAUCCUGGUCAUCGCCUGCAACCGGGUCACUGUGAAACGCUGCCUUGACAAACUCCUGCAGCUACGACCCUCAGCCGAGCUCUACCCAAUCAUUGUGAGUCAAGACUGUGGGCACGCCGAGACGGCGGCGGUGAUCAGCUCUUACGGAGAUCAGGUGACUCAUCUGAAGCAGCCGGACCUGUCGGACAUUGCUGUUCGGCAGGAGCACAAAAAGUUUCAGGGUUACUACAAGAUCUCGAGGCAUUACCACUGGGCCCUCAACCAGGUGUUCAAGACCCUCUCCCAUACAUCUGUGAUUGUGGUGGAAGAUGACCUGGAGGUGGCGCCAGACUUCUUUGAGUAUUUCCGGGCCUUGCUGCCACUUCUGCAGUCCGACCCCACCCUGUGGUGCGUAUCAGCGUGGAAUGACAAUGGCAGGGGCGGCUUCGUAGAUCCUGCUAAGACUGACCUGCUGUACAGGACAGAUUUCUUUCCGGGUCUGGGCUGGAUGCUCCUUAAAGAACUGUGGGAGGAGCUGGAGCCCAAGUGGCCCGCUGCUUUCUGGGAUGACUGGAUGCGUCAGCCAGAGCAGCGCCGUGACCGGGCCUGCGUGCGGCCAGAGAUCUCUCGCACUCUGACCUUUGGCCGGCAGGGUGUGAGCUUGGGUCAGUUCUUUGACAAGUACCUGCGUGACAUAAAGCUGAAUACCGAGUUUGUGCCUUUCACCAAAAUGGACUUAAACUACUUGAAGGAGGAGAAAUACAAGGAAAUCUUUCAGAAAGAAGUUUACAGCGCUCCUUUGGUUAAAUACGAAGAAGUGAAACAGGGCCAACUGAAGGGAUCUGGCCCUGUCCGCCUUGAAUACUCGAGUAAGGACAGUUUCAAAAUGCUGGCCAAAAACCUGGGAAUCAUGGAUGACUUGAAGUCUGGAGUGCCAAGAGCAGGAUACAGAGGAGUUGUGAGCUUCUUCUACAGAGGACGGAGGAUCUACCUAGCCCCACCUCCUGGAUGGACUCGCUGGGUCCCAGACCAAAGAUGAAGAUGUUUCUGUCCAGUUUCUCUGUCCUUCGCAGAAAAGAAUGGAUCACCCAGUCUGGUGUGAAUUGCCAAUACUACUCAGGUCUUUACUCUUCCAAAAGAUUUCUUACAGCAUCACACAUGCUGUGUUUCACCAGAGAUCUAUUUUUAUACGAUGCUGAUUGUGCAGAUUAAUUCAUUGAUGCAUUUAAUGCAGUAUCCAAAUUUGCCUUUUUUUGUUAACAUUAUUUGCAGCUUCUGUAAGUUUGCGACCAAAUAAGGAAAUGUAAUCUGUGAUUUGGGUAUUUGUAGCAUCUGUGAUCACUGCAAUGUAAUCUGUCCGUUGACUCUCAUCAUUCUGGUCGAUGAAAAUCUGUUCUUCCUUCUUAAGUUUGAUGUCAGUUUGUUUGACUCUGAUGAAACCCCUGAGGGUUUGAUUUAUGCAAACCACUUCACCUGGGGUGUAUAUUUUUUGGAAUAAAAACAAACUAUGAUCAUGCA